AUGAGUACCAGUGCAAGGCGUCGGCUAUUAAGAGACUUCAAGAGACUUCAAAAUGAUCCUCCUUCUGGUGUAACCGGUGCUCCGAUGGACACCAACAUUAUGGUGUGGCAAGCAGUCAUUUUUGGGCCAGACGACACACCAUGGGAGGGUGGCACAUUCAAGCUUGUUUUGGAAUUCUCAGAGGAUUAUCCAAACAAGGCUCCACAAGUGAAGUUCCUCACUAAAAUGUUCCACCCUAAUAUCUACAACGAUGGUCAGAUCUGUUUGGACAUUUUACAGAACCAGUGGUCCCCAAUUUACGAUAUAUCUGCGAUUUUGACGAGUAUUCAAUCGUUACUGUGUGACCCGAAUCCAGCGUCUCCAGCUAACUCAGAAGCAAGUCGACUGUACAAUGAGAAUAGACGUGAAUACAAUCGUCGCGUUCGAGAAAUUGUGGAGCAGUCCUGGUUGGACGAGUCUUAG